AUGUCACAAAGUAAAUAUUUACAGCUUGAAAAUUAUUCAACUGAAGAAGAAGAAUUUGAACUACCAGAAAUAUCAAACAAAUCUCUGGAUAACAAUGAUUAUGGUUUGAGAAAUAGAACCAGUACUGGAGAUCUUGAGGACAAUGAAUAUCUAUUGGAUGGUCGUAAAACAUCAAUAGAUUCAGAAAUUUUAGAGAAUUCACCAAUACCUAUGGUGGCUGCGGCAGUCAGCGUAAAAGAUGAUCCGUCUUUACCUUGUACUACAAUUCGAUUUUGGGUAUUGAGCACCUUAUUUACAUCACUUGGUGCCGCUGUCUCGGAAUUCUAUUAUUUUCGUUCUAAUGGCGUUGGUUAUUCAAUAUUUUUUGUGUUACUGGCUUCCUAUAUUGUUGGAAAAUGGAUGGCUCGUGUUCUUCCAGUGGACGAAUUCAAAUUUUAUAAAUGGAAAUUUACUUUAAAUCCUGGUCCAUUUAAUAUCAAAGAACAUGUUCUCAUCGCUGUGGCAGCUGGGGCUGGUGGUGGCUCAGCAUAUGGCACAGAUAUUAUUGCAAUACAGGAUCUAUUUUAUAAUCAGCAUCCAGGUUUCUUCUUAGGAAUGUUGCUUUUAAUGAGCACUCAGAUGAUUGGGUACGGUUUGGCCGGAUUUUUAAGGAAAUACCUUGUACGGCCUGCUAAUAUGUUGUGGCCUUCUAAUUUGGUGUUUUCCAGUCUAUUUUCAACUCUUCAUGGAGAUGUGUCCGAUACACAAGACAAAUUAAAAUUUUUUAUUACAACAUUUACGAUAAUGUUUGUGUGGCAAUUUGUUCCACAAUUUAUGUUCCCAUUACUGACAAGCAUAGCGUUAUUAUGUCUGAUUAAGCCAUAUAAUAAUGAUAUAUUCCGGCUGGGGAGUGGUUAUCAUGGUCUUGGUAUAUUAAAUUUUUCUUUAGAUUGGAAUGCUAUAGGACAACCUGGACCACUGUAUACACCUUGGUGGGCACAAGUAAAUUGGUACGUUGGUGUGAUAGUUGGUUCUUGGAUAAUAGCUCCAAUUCUGAUGGCAAAAAAAUUUCCACUUUUAGCAACAUAUUCUUUAAAUAAAGAUGGUGAAAGAUAUAAUCAAUCUACUAUAAUAGAUUUUAACACUGGCUCUUUGAACGAAACUGCUUAUAAAGAGUAUGGCCCUGUGUAUCUAAGUGUUACAUUCGCUGUUGGGUAUUUUUAUUCUUUUAUAGCAUUUACUGCUGCAAUCACGCACGUUGCUCUCUUUUACGGUAAUGAAAUCUGGGAUAGAUUCAAAGCAAGUCGAUCAGAGGAAGUUGAAGAUAUUCAUUGUAAAAUGAUGAGAAAUUAUGAAGGACAUUACAUGAAAAUUCCACCUAAAGCAAUGUUUACAGCACAAAUGUGGGGUACUGUUGUUGGUGCAUUUAUCAAUUAUUGGACUCUACAAUUGAUAAUAUACGCCAAACGUCCCUUUUUAGAUGGUACAAUGAGAGAUCCAACUGGUCAAUGGACAGGAUAUCGAUCACAAGUAUUUAAUACAGCAUCAAUAAUCUGGGGAUUAAUUGGACCAGGAAGAACUUUUGGCAGUGAUUCUAUGUAUCAUCCCUUACUUUGGGGAUUCCUCAUAGGAUUCCUUGCUCCUGUUCCAUUUUACUUUUUGCACAAAAAAUUUCCCAAAGCUAAAUUUAAUUUAGUAACAAUUCCAUUAAUUUGUAAUGGAUUAUCAAUACUUCCUGGAACAUAUACUAAUUUCAUAAUAACAGGGUUUAUUGCAAGCUAUCUGAGUCAACGAUGGGCAUUUCAUCGAUAUCCAAAGGUAUCAUUUCCAGAGUGGUGGGGAAAUAAUUUAGAAACUCAGGGUGAAAGAUGUUUUAGGUCACCAUGA